GCGCGUAGUGUGUCUAUCAGAGGAGGUGCUCCUCCUCCUCCCUGCAGCGAUCUCUCUCCUCUAUCUUUAGCUCUGUACCACAUGAACAGAACAGCGGCUUAUCAUCGACUGGCUCAGGCUGCCAAGCACACUACUUGAGUUGCUCCCGUUUUUAUUCGGGCCGGUUUGCCCCUCUCCAUCUUCUAGUCUAUCCUACCUAAACAAAUGAGAUAAUGACAGCCCUGAGCUUCCAUAAGCUGUCCUGGACUUGAGAAGCACAGAAGGAUGUUGUUUUUUAAGAGAUCCCGGGCCUCUGUCCUGCUGCCCGGGGUCCUGCUCUGCGUAAUCCUCGCGGGCGUCGGUGCGGGUAUGCCAGCUAAUAAGUGCCCCAACCACAUUGACUGUGCCAGGAUGGGGCGACACUUCUGCAAGCCUGGCUCCUCCCACUGUGGCCCCUGCCUCUUCCCAUUGGAGGAAGAUAAAAUGGGACACUGUGUUGCUCGUAGGAGACAUCAUCCACAACAGCACCUCUACGAAUCUUCUCCACCUGAAGUUGAUGAAGAAAUCGACUAUCUGUCCUCUGUCAUCGCCAAGCAACAAAUUUCAGAAGUCAAACAGUCAGGUUCUGAUUCACCGUCGUCUUCACAAUCCCGGUCACAGUCGAGGCCAAACGGUCUGUCUCCCAACUCGACUGUAGAGCCAACGACCAGCAGCCCAUCAACACCAACACACAAGACCCCUAAACCCCCCAAGCCACUCACAGACUCAUCCCAACGCCACGGGCCAAUCGUCAGCCCCCAUUCUUCCAAAGACAGCCUGCUAGUCUUGAUGAUCUCUUUAUGCAUUAUCGUGGGAACUAUGGCUCUCAUCCUCGCUGCUGUCUGCUGGGUCCGGUCACAGAGAGAAACUUAUCUGGCUCAGAAGGUGGAUUACCCUUCGUCUCAACCCACAGGCUCCAGUAAUAAUCACACCUCUUCUGGGGAUAAAUCUUUGGCUCACAGUGCCCAGAUGUAUCAUUACCAGCAUCAAAAACAGCAGAUGCUCUCAAUGGAGAAGCACAAAACGGAGCCUAAAGUUUCAGAGUCUGGAACAACAUCGGAUGAAGAAAAUGAAGAGGGCGAUUUCACUGUGUAUGAGUGUCCUGGACUGGCACCGACUGGGGAGAUGGAGGUGAAGAACCCACUUUUUGAUGACUCCACCUUAAACUCCCAGAGAAAUAACAAGUGACCUGGAUCCACACACACACAUCUGCAUACUUUUAUAAUACACAAUGCACCUAACACGCCUAAAGCAUUCCUCAAUAGGGUGAAACGACAUGGAAACAAAUGUUUGACUCCUUUUUUCCCGGAAUAUUUCAGCUAACACAUCUCGCUCAGGCCCAUCAGAACAAACUAAAGAGGAAACAUAAUUUAACACCUGAUGUAGAUAAAUAAUCAUUUAAAAUAAAACAUAACACAGCAGUAGCUGAGAGUUUUUCAUUUAGAGGCGCAAAUACAAAUGACUUUUCACACUGAAAACUCCACUGGAUUUUAAUGCACUUUCUUUAUACAACAUCUUAGUUUUGCAAACUUUUAUGUCACAUUCCUUUUCAAAUCAGUCCUCUCUAGAGUUGAAUCUAUAUAUAAAGCUAUUUUAUAUAAAGCUCCUUGAGCUUUAUGGUUUUUUUUUGUGAAUCAGUGUUUUUGGUUGACGCUGCCUCUUUAAAUGUGAUGUGGUGGGAUUAUUGUGUACAAAUUCACAGUGGUCUCGAUCGCAUUUUCUAGUGUUAUUUGUCUUACCCGAUCGAUAUAUAAUUUUCUGUAUUGUCAGCCUUUAGUUGUUAAAGAACGUAAUAUAUUAGACUUUCUGUUUCGAACUCCCAAUUUCUCACUUUAGUUCUGUCAUUUUCCUUAUUGUUUAUACAUCCUUCAAUGAAAUUUGAAAGAAUAUUUCUCCAUCACUUUUCUCUUAAUAUAUUUUCUGUCUAUCCCUAAGUAAUGGUCGAAAUCAUUUUAUAUAAAAGGUUGUGUCAGGGAAUGGAAAAGUACUACAGAGAUAUAAUGAAGUUCUUGUCCUCAAGUCACUUUAAUGUAAAUAAAUCAAAUAAAUCAACACAAACAGUAUAA